AUGAGAGGCUUGUGCUGGAUCAGGAAAAAGGAAAUUGCAAUUCUUAUCCCAUAGACCGCUACCCGAACGCCAGAAACAAGAUUUUGAACACUACAUUUACUUCUGCUUUUCGCAGUGGGACAUAACAGUGUAUGUUUUUCAUUGAAAAGAGAGAGAAAUUCUUCCGCUUAUCGUGUAUUUUGUUUGCGUUUUGAUCUGUCAUCGAGUUCCACUGAUCGACUGACUUUUAGCAUCCGUGUUACGCCCCGCCGCGGCGUCAUUGUUUCAGAACCCUGGGGUGCUAUAUAGACGAGCCGCACUCACUGCCAAGAUUUGAGCUGUUCUUUGAAAAUCAUUUACAAGAUGGCGACAAGGUUGGACAGAUUAUUUUUAUUGCUGGACACUGGUUCCACCCCAGUCACUCGUAAAGCUGCUGCUCAACAGCUUGGAGAAGUACAGAAACUUCAUCCACACGAGUUGCACAAUCUACUUGCAAAGGUGCAUAUAUACCUGAAAAGUAGUAACUGGGAUACCCGUAUAGCUGCAGGCCAAGCCAUGGAAGCCAUUGUGAAAAAUGUACCACAAUGGACACCAAAUGUAGUGAAGAUUAAAGAAGAAUCUGACACUCCUGACAGCAGCCGUACAUCUACCCCAGUACAAGGCGAUAGGCUUGUAUUUUCUCAAUUUGACAUUGGUAGAAUACUUCAAAGAGGUGCAUUUUUAGCUGGCUCAUCUGGAGCUGAAUAUGACACUGCAAAUGACGAUACAAGUGGUGAUCCCAAAGAAAGGCUUGCUAAACAAAAACGAAUUCUCCAGAAGAGACUUGGACUUGACAUUGGAGGUGGUGCAUUGGGCAUUGAUACUGAGGAGUUAUUUAAUGAUGUUGACUUAGCUUACUCCAUCACAUCGACCUCCUUUGCUCCUACAACCGUCUUAUCACAAGAGAUGUCUGCCAUGCUGAAACCAGGAAUGAGUUCCAGGGAGAAAAACAGAGCUAAACGAAGAGCUAAACUAUUGGCAAAACAGCGAUCGAAAGAGACCGGCGAUAGCAGUGCUACAACGAGUGAAUGUAAAGAUGAUGUAGAACCAGCAUCAAAGAAAUCACGGGGAGCCACGAUUCAUGUUCCAUCACAAUCCACAGCUGACAAACAAAUGGUGGAUCAUGCAGUAGAUAGCGCUACAUUCUAUGAAGAAGUCGGUGAGUGGUCCUUUGCCUCCUUCUGUGAACAGCUUAGCACUGAUUUAUUUAGCCAAUCAUGGGUGAUCAGACAUGGUGCUUGUACUGGACUCCGAGAAGUUAUCAAGGUACAUGGUAGAAGUGCUGGGAAAUCAGCGGAGUAUCCAGUAGACCAGGUAAACUCCUUGAAUCAGUUAUGGUUAGAAGACAUGGCAUUUCGGUUACUCUGUGUGAUGGCAUUGGACAGGUUUGGAGAUUUUGUUUCUGAUGAGGUCGUUGCGCCAGUACGCGAGACAUGUGCUCAAACACUGGGUGUGCUACUACACUAUAUGAAAGUAGAUAGCGUUAACCACGUAUUGGGUAUCUUACUACAGUUACUAUCUCAGCACCAGUGGGAAGUCAGGCAUGGUGGUCUGCUGGGAAUCAAGUACUUACUUGCUGUUAGGAAGGAAAUGACGUCUGAGCUUCUACCAUGUGUUUUGUCAUCUAUAAUCCAAGGUUUACUUGACUUUGACGACGAUGUGAGGGCAGUGUCUGCAGCGGCACUUAUCCCAGUCGCAGAAACACUGAAUUUUUUUAAAACCAAAAAUUGAUGCUUUUUUAAGGUAUCCAUAAUAAUUCAGACGUUGUGGGAUAUUUUAUUGGACUUGGAUGAUUUAACAGCUUCCACCAACACAGUGAUGACAUUGUUAUCAACAUUAUCCAGUAAAGUACCAUGCAGUACCAAUCAAUCUCUGGCUGAAUUAGUCCCGCGACUCUGGCCGUUCUUGAAACACACUAUAUCGUCAGUGAGGAAAGCCGCCUUAGAAACUUUAUAUACUCUUCUUACCAUUAAUGGUAGUCAGAUACCAUGUAGCCAAUGGUUACCACCAAUAUUACAAGAUGCCUUAAGACAUGUUUAUCAGCGCUGUAUACUGGAAGAUAAAGAAGAUAUCUUAGAAUUAGUGGAAAAAGUAUGGUGUACUUUGCUGGACCGAGCACCCAGGGAUUAUUUACUGGCAGCAGCCUGCCCAUGGAUUAGUGCAUGGAUUUGCUUAAUUAUGCAUCCAUCUAGUCUGCCUAUUGAUCCGUGUAUGUUGAUUGAAGCUAAACAUAAAACCAAGGAAAAAUUGAAAGGUAAAUUGUCACCGAGCAAAGAAGAGAAUUACAAGCCAUUGAUUGGCGGAAGUGGCAUUUAUUCAUCGGUUGCCAUGAGAGAUUACGCUGUAAUGCAGAGACGACUCAAGGGAGCAAAAUUAAUCGGUCAGUUGAUCGUGUACAUGACAGAUAGUAGUCUACCAGCUGAGAGUAACGCUUCAGAAUCAGUCGGCCAAUUACUUGCUUUCCAUCUUGACAACAAAUCUGCAUUACAGCGUCUGGCCAUUGGAUUGAUUGUUACUGACUGGGCUAGUAUUACACAGAGUUGUGUAUGUGCAGAUAUAGUCAAGACCAAAUUAUUGGAGGAUUUGACAAGUAAUGUUUAUUUCGAUGAAGUGUCUGCACCUUUUAUGCGGUUACAGACUGAAUGUCAGGUUUUGGUCAAUGCCUGGUGUGAUAUGACCAAAAAUGUACAAAGAAAUACAUUCCCAAAUAUGUUUACUGUGGAGCAAGCCAAUGCUACAUGCCAAGGUAUCCUUAGUCAGUUGCAACAAGUACAUCCACUGAUCAAAUCUCAGCAUCCAAUCAACGAGAAAUGUCAGCAAAUACAAUCAACCAUCUCUGGAAUAAAUACAGAACAGCGGAAACUUAAUAUUAGAGUACAAUCAUCGUUAGCAGGAGCGAUGGUAGCCUUAAAUAACUUACCAGAUAAACUUAACCCUAUUAUAAAACCAUUAAUGGAAUCUAUGAAAAAAGAAUCCAACAAUCUACUGCAGAUGCAUGCUGCUAGAAGCUUAGCCAGACUUCUCCAGCUGUGUGUGGAAAGAACACCGUGUCCAAACCACAAGAUUGUCAAGAAUCUUUGUACCUGCCUCUGUGGAGAUUCUACCCACACACCCAAUGUCAUGGACCCUAUACCAGUGAUUACGCAACCGGAUACUGGGAAUUCUAGUUCUAGCAAUGGAAGUAGGCCCAGUACACCCAGUAAUUGGAGUGGCCAGUGUGAUAAGGCACGGGGAAUUUUGACACUGGUCAAACAACAGCAGGCAGCUAUUUUGAGUACCAUUCCAAAAAGAGGACCACACUCAAGCAAAACUAAAUUUAACAUGAAUGACAUCAAAUUGGAUGAGAUUACAGAAGAUGAUGAUGUCACCAAUCUCCAAGCCAAAUUACAGCGAAGAGGAGCUGGGUACGCUUUAACAACAUUAGUCAAAUAUUUUGGUGAAGAUCUCAUCACCAAACUCAGCAAACUGUGGGAGGCCAUGACAGCAUCUCUUUUUACCCAUAUUCACCCUGAUAAGUUUGAUCCGCAGGCUUUUCAAGAUAAUGACCAAACAGCUCAAGAUUUAGUUAACAGUUUACAAGUAUAUGAAGUAUUGGCUUCAGUUGUACAUAAUAAUUUACAAGAAAAGCUUUUAGAAACACUGCCUCAUUUAUGCAAAUGUCUGGAGUAUCCUUAUACAGCUGUACGAUACAUGGCAUCUAGAUGUAUUGGUGUCCUGUGUAAAGUUGCCAUGGACGACACUAUGAAUUACAUCACUGAAAAUGUCUUGCCACUUCUAGGAGCUUCAGAGAAUGAAGUCAAGAGACAAGGUGCUAUAGAAGCACUCACAAAUAUUAUAGAGAGCCUUGGUUUACACAUUAUACCAUAUAUAGUAUUAUUAGUUGUACCAGUACUAGGUAGAAUGAGUGAUACAGUGGAAAGUGUACGUUUAUUGGCAACGUACUGCUUCGCUACGUUAAUUAGGCUCAUGCCAUUAGAGGCUGGUAUUCCAAACCCUCCAUCCAUGACAGAGACAUUGAUAAAACAGAAAAUCAGGGAAAGAAGAUUUCUAGAACAACUAUUAGAUCCUCGAAAAUUAGACAGUUUUAAAAUUCCAGUUCCAAUCAAGGCUGAACUUAGGAAGUACCAACAGGAUGGUGUGAACUGGCUGGUGUUUCUUAAUAAAUAUAAACUCCAUGGUAUACUAUGCGAUGAUAUGGGCUUGGGUAAGACAUUACAAUCCAUAUGUAUACUAGCAGGGGAUCAUCAUGACAGGAAUAGAAAGUACAAGAAAUCACAUGAUGCAGACUGUGCACCGCUGCCAUCACUUGUUAUAUGUCCACCAACGUUAACAGGACACUGGGUCUACGAAAUUGACAAGUUUGUUUCUCCUAUUUACCUCAAUCCUUUACAUUACACAGGACCGCCAUCAGAGAGAACAAGACUUCGAAACAAGGUAAAGAAACAUAAUCUAGUUGUGGCAUCAUAUGACAUAGUGAGAAAUGAUAUUGACUUUUUCAAAGGCAUUGAUUGGAAUUACUGCAUUCUUGAUGAAGGUCAUAUAAUAAAAAAUGGAAAAACCAAGUUAUCCAAGGCUGUGAAACAACUCAAUGCAAAUCAUAGAGUCAUUUUAUCAGGAACACCCAUCCAGAAUAAUGUACUUGAACUUUGGUCAUUGUUUGACUUCCUGAUGCCUGGCUUCCUUGGUACGGAGAAGCAGUUCGCAGCCAGGUUUGCCAAACCAAUAUUACAAAGUCGAGAUGCAAAGAGCUCUUCACAAGAGCAAGAAGCGGGUGCCUUGGCCAUGGAAGCCUUACAUCGGCAGGUUUUACCUUUCUUAUUACGAAGAUUAAAAGAAGACGUCCUGGAUGACUUGCCUCCUAAAAUUAUACAAGAUUAUUACUGUGAUCUCAGCCCUCUACAGGUGCAGUUGUACGAGGACUUUGCAAAAUCUCGUGCCAAAAAGGGAGUUGAACAUUCCAUAUCCAGCGACAAACCAGAAGAGGCAAGUAAAACCAAAGGAAGCUCACAUGUAUUCCAGGCGCUGCAAUAUCUUCGUAAAGUGUGUGAUCAUCCAUUAUUGGUACUUACACCCAAUCAUCCACUUUAUGAGAGCGUACAUCAAACGUUAACUGAACAGAAGUCAUCGUUACAUAAUAUACAACAUGCACCCAAACUGACCGCUCUCAAACAACUUUUACAAGACUGUGGUAUUGGUGUGAGUAAUUUAACAGGACAGCAGGAUGAGAUAACAGAGUCUGUUGUUGGGCAGCACAGGGUACUGUUAUUCUGUCAACUCAAGAGCAUGCUGGAUAUUGUAGAAAAAGAUUUACUCCAAUCCCAUCUGCCUGAUGUGACUUAUCUUCGCCUUGAUGGAACUGUGCCAGCCGGUAACCGACAUGAGAUUGUACACAGAUUUAACAAUGAUCCCUCUAUAGACAUGCUGUUACUUACUACACAUGUAGGUGGUUUGGGUUUGAAUUUAACUGGAGCAGAUACUGUCAUCUUUGUUGAGCAUGAUUGGAAUCCUAUGAGGGACUUACAGGCCAUGGACAGAGCACACAGAAUUGGCCAGAAAAAAGUGGUAAACGUCUACCGACUGAUUACGAGAGGCACUUUGGAAGAAAAGAUAAUGGGGUUACAGAAAUUCAAGUUGAACAUCGUGAAUACAGUGAUCAGCCAAGAAAACAGCAGCCUUCAGUCGAUGGGUACUGACCAACUGCUUGAAUUGUUUACUGUUGACGCCAGCACAACAAAAACUGCAAAGACGGAGAGGAAGCAAGGAGAAGGAAAGGCUGGAAUGCAUUCAGUGAUGGAUGAACUGGAGGAACUAUGGGAUGGUUCACAGUAUGAAAACGAGUACGAUCUUGGUAAUUUCUUGGACUCGUUGAAUCACUGAAUAUAUGGUAGACACAGGGUAGACAGACACCCACUUCAAAAUGCGAGACUGCGAGAAAGAAACGACUGACAUAGAUGUAAUGUUGUGAGUGGAAAUUUUGUUGCAUGUGCAAGUGGACAAGACAAAAUUACACAUUAUUGGUUGGCCUAGCAACAUGUUACAAAAUUAUGCAGAAUACAAAGGACAUCUGAAUCUGAAUUAUUGCAGAUUGAGCUUAAAAACACAUUUACAAGUCAUUUGUAACGAUGAGCAAA